GAGUGAUCUUUGGGUUAAUGAAUAAAUUUUGCUAUAGAUAUAUGCUUCAAUGUAUUUUACUUUAGAAAACCCUAGAUCCACUCCUUUAUUUCUCUAGCCCUUACAUGUACAUAUAUAGGUGAACACAUUUAAUAGUCAUUACCUUAAGGCAUAUGUCAAAGGUCUUGUAGUGUUCUUGAACUUCAUUGGUUGUGUUUUGUGAAGUUGCUUUUGGUUGGUUUUUAUUGUUUUGGUCAUUGGGUUUUACCGCCAAAAUUUUGUCUAGUUUUGAGAGAGGACAGACUUCAUAUCGACAACAUUGACUAAGACCUUCUAUAAAGACUUUUCCUUCUUUUCUGAGUCCAUGUACAUAUCCACAUAGAUAUAUAUACCCUGUACUUGUAUGUGGAAGCCUCUUCCCAUAGAAUGGUAAAUAUAUGAUUUAAGUUUUAAUGAUAAUGUAUUCUUAUGACUAUGGGAGAAAUCUGUUCAUACCAGUAUAUGUAACUUUAAGAGUUGUCUCCCUUUAUUGUGAUUUUGAUACAAGUAAUACAUUUAUCUUGAUGGAAAUUACAUUCAUUAAUCAUAUAAGUAAUAUUGUCAAUUAUUAAUUAAUGCACUCUGUGAUAUCAUAUUAUUGUUAUUUUACCUGUAUUGCAGGGCUGAAAAAAUAUGUGCAUGUGAGAUAUCCUUCACUGUGAUAUUAAAUUCCCUGAACCCAUACAGGAGUUGCUUAUUAUGAAACUACAAACCUGUUACACAAGGAUGGAUCACAUUCCCCGUCUAUCAGAAGCUGUCUAUGUGGGACUGUGUCGUAAAGUGGGAACUCCUUCUGAAGUGAGAAUCAGGAGGGACGUGGUAGACACCAAGGAGUUGAUGGAGAGACCAGUGAGAAUAAUGAUGGGAAUACAGAAGAUGACGAGUGGCAGUCAUCGUGAGGGAUUUAGACUGAGAACAUCAGACAUAGAUUGGAUGUUCUGGCCACCAGAUCAUAAAGUGAUCUGUGAUCUCUCUCAGAUCAGUCUGUACCGUAUCCCACAACACACCGUCAUUCUGAUGGAGUGGGAAGAUCUUCCACCGGGAUUUACUAGACUAAAGCUGCUCACUGAUUCCUAUAAUGAUAAAGUGAGAUCUUCGUGUGUAAACCGAAAUAACGAGCUUUAUGUUUCUAGUGAGUUAUUUAGAACGACCUAUGGUCAAUUUUGUAGAAAUUCUAACCCUGCCUUUCAAUCAUCUGUCCCACAUGGGCCGAGUUUAUCGUACUCACAUGGACCUCAGGAAUGUGAUUUAGUUUUUUGUUUCGCAUCCCAACACUGGCCGACACUAGCAGCACCAUGGGUUGAAAGAUGUCGACUACAAGGUUGGCCCUCUGAUGAUGUUUUACUCGACAUAAUGCAGUCUGGUUCUCAUGUCGUCCCAAUAAAUAGUAAUCCUGACAGAGGAAACGAAUGGAGGAUUUCGUUUUCACAGGCAGAGCAAAAAUUAGUCUACUCAAUGAAUCAUUCUCAGUUCUUGUGCUACGCACUUUUGAAGAUUUUUCUAAAAGAGGUUAUCAAUUUUAGAAUCAAGGAUCCUAUCCUGUGUUCAUAUUUCAUGAAAACUAUUCUAUUUUGGGUUAUUCGGGAGGAUGCUUCCUUGACAUGGACUCCCGAUAAUUUACUGUCAAAUUUUUGGCAGUGUUUUAAAUUGCUCAUUUACUGGGUAAUGAGAGGCGAGUGUCCCAAUUUCUUCAUUCCCCAGAACAACAUGUUCAGAGUUAAAGUGACAGGAGCAGCACAGAACGCAUUGUUUAAUCAGUUAUAUGAUUUGUACUGUAAGGGGAUACCAUGUCUUCUGUUAAGUCCUACACUUAGAUCUUACCUCAUGCAAGCCAUAUUAAAUAGAACAUUGACAGUAAGAACAGAUGGAGACAGUAUCAUACCCAGUCAUAGAUUAGACAUGCAGGUUUUUUAUGAAAUAUAUAAAUUAACACCUUCAAUAAAAAGCAUGGAAGAUUUUGCUACUUACAUGAUGAACAUUGAAAAUUUAGUUAGGACAAGACAAAGUCCAUGUCAGCUAGUGUGUAUUCAAAGGAUGACGUCAGAGGUACUAUGCCACACUGCCUGGUACAUGGUUAAGUACACAGAUACACAUAACAAAAGUAUCACAUGUAUAUCUGAUAAAAUCUGUCACAUGUUAAAGAUAGCAUCACAGAUAGGUUAUGUGUCAGAUAUAUUGUAUCUAGCUAUGUACUACUACAGAACGUGUAGGUAUGAACAAUCACUGAGAUGUUUACAGAGAGCACACGAGAGGAUGUCAGUACCCUAUGUUAUGUAUUUUAAUAAUGUCAAUGUAGAGAUGUACAGACGCGCCAUGACGGGAGUGUCACUGAGUGAUAAAAUGAGAAAGGCUGUAGUGAGUGACAUUGUACUAGACAGUGAUUUCACUUACAUUGAUGAGUUGUUGUUAGAACAGACAGUCAGUUACAGGAAUGUUGUGCCUUUAUUACACAUCCCACCUCUAGUGAUGUUACACAUGUUGUCAGUACUGAAUCACCACAGAUUACGUCAUACACUAGAGUCUCACCAAGCUCUACAGAACCUCCAGACUCUGCUACUCUAUGAUGUCGGGGUCCAUGUCCCUGUACACCUCAGAGACAUAUCAUAUCAGAUACUAGGGAUCUGUCAACACGUGUGUGGGGACUAUGUGGGGGCCUUAAAUUCCUAUCAGUAUUCAUUAGAACAAGAUCCAUAUCAUAAAAUUCAACAAGCAUCAGUUUACAGGAUACAGACACUUGCUCAGACUUAGCCUGGUUAAUUUCAUGUAUAACAUUUUCAUUUCCAGUGAUAACCAAAUCAAUUAGACUGGUAUAGAACUCUGUUUCAGUGUGAGGCUGUAUAUUUCAUUAUGUGUCAAUGUUUCUCAGGGGCGGAUAACACUGCUAGUACAUUGUAACAACAUUGAAUAGUGUUAUAUCAUUGAAAUUUCAUCGUGUAUAUAUAGUGCUGAAUAUCAAUGUAAUAAAACAUAAUAAAAGUGU